AUGAGAGAUCAGUUCAACCAGUUGACACACAUCCAUUUCUCGCAUUUGGAGGAGAUCAGCAUUGACGAGUUGUUGUGGAAGUUCCGUGGGCGGUUAGCUUUCUGGACUUACAACCCAACCAAGAAGGCGAGGUUCGGGUUGAAGGUGUAUAUGCUCUAUGCCAGUAUUGGCCUGGCUGCAGGGUACACCGGGAAGGACCUUGGCGACAUGCCCUCUUCCACGAAAGCGGUGCUUCAUCUCAUGGAGUAUGGCGGCUUCCUUGACAAAGGAUACCAGUUGUUUGUGGACAACUGGUACACGUCGCCUACGCUCUUUCAUUUGUUGCAGUCACGUAGGACGAAUGCGGUAGGGACAGCCCGGCUGAACAGGAAGUUUAUGCCCAAGGACCUCAGUGUGAGUUGGAGGGAUGAUGUCGAUUACCCCAGCAGUACGACGGGGUUGCUGGCCUUGGUGUGGAAGGACAGCAAUAACGUCACCAUGCUGUCUAACGUCCAUACCGCCGCAAUGGAAGGGGAGAAACCGUUGGUAGUAAAGGAUUACGACGUCGGCAUGAAGGGAGUCGAUGUUGGUGAUCAGAUGAUGAACUACUACCCAACGCCUUGCCAGUCCAGAGUCUGA